AUGGGCGCCCCCGGCCUGGGCCGCUGCCGGCUGGCGUUGGCCUUCGCGCUGCUCAUGGACGCGGCGGGCACCGGGGCGCUGCUGACGGGCAUCUUCGCCAGGCUGCGGCUGCGGGGCCGGGACUUAGGGGACCUGUUGAUCUACUCCGGGGCCGUGCUGGUGUUCCUGAGCCUGCUGGGCUGGAUCAUGUGGUACACGGGCAACAUUGAGAUCGCCCCCGAGGAACUGGCGAGGGAUUAUGGCGCCAAGGGAGGUACGCUGGCCCGGCUCGCCAGGAAGAUCACACGGACUUGGUCUCGACGCCAAGGUGGCGGGCUAGCCAUGCGGACGGUGUCGAGCAGCCGGGAAGCGGCAUAGAGGAUGGAUGGAUGGGUGAUGGUCUUCACCUGCAACUCGACCUGACCUUGAACCCACCACAUCCCAGGAAAAUGAUGUUAAGACUGUUCCCUUCAGCUGCCUACCCUGAAGCUGUUGCUCGUGUUCCUCUAGUAUCGUCUGUGUGGAUUUAGCUUUACUUACGUUGUAAAAAUUUCCGGCCAGCUCAUCUCCCUCCCUGGUCUAGAGAACAUGAUGCUGAGGGGGAACAGCAGACGCCGUGGCCUCCUG